GAAGAAACCGAAGAUCUUUCUUGAAAACUUCAAACAAAAUGGCACAUAAUCGAGAUCCGAAUCUCCUCAUAGUAUCAACCACAUCUUUCAGAUCUCUUUUGCAUCUAAAACCGGCAUGGAAACAUCUCCUCCUGCGUUAAAAUUCCGGUUCAGAGAUCACGGUAAUGAUAUGGAGAACGGAGACUCUGUCGUUGGCGAUACAAGCACGGAGUUGUCGUCGUUCACUAGCGAUGAAGACUCUGAUAUCGACUCCGAUGAGCUUGCUUCCAUGACCGCCAAGGGGAUUAAUCAUCUAUGUUUAGAACUCAUGGAGCUGAAGCAAGCAUCAGAAGUUGAUUUUCAGGAUAAUUUAAUUUCCAAUUAUUCAUCCUUCAUAAGGGUUUAUAGAGAAACAGAAGGUAUAAACAAUGAAGUAAUGCAAUUUAAGUAUCAUCUGAUGGCGCAAAAGCAGCUCGUUCGAAACCUAAUGGAUAAUGAUUGUCUAAAGACCGUAUCAGAUGAUCAAACUGCCGCAGGUGUCAAUGAAUCCACGCUUGAUGAUUAUAAUCCUACAACUUUGUUCAAGGCUUGUGCUAAUGAAGUUUUAGAAACUCUAGACAACCUUCUGUUUGAGCAUAGAUUAGAAGAAGCUUUGGGAAUCUUCGAGAUUGAAGAUAGCGAUUUUCCAACAGUGAAGUUUCAAGAAGACAUUUCACCAGAUGUCUGGAUGUGUUACAAAUCUGACAUGGCGGAAAGGAGGGUCAUGCUUGCUGAUAAGCUGACGCUAAUGGCCGACAACACAAGGGUCUCGGUGGCAGAACUGCAAAAAUCGUUAGCUGGACUUUCCAGGCUUGGUUUUGAUCAUCUUGCAACGCGGUUACUUUUCAAGUAUUACCAUACACGUAUCGCCUCGGGUGUAAACAAUUUGCAGUCCUCGUCAAGAUCUCUACCCGGGAUUUACGUUCAUGAUUUAGCAAAGUAUGUUUUUUCUAUGAUGUCUCAAGCCGCAAAGAGUUUUGUUGUGUUACACGGAGAAACGUCGCCAUAUGAUUCAGAACUUAUGAAAUGGCUCUUUGAGGAAACAGAAGCUUUUGCUGGUUUGUUUAUUAAACAUGUCGGAUCGAUCUCAAAGAUUAACGGUGGGUUGUCUACAUUGGUUGAUUCGGUGCACUUCGCGAUGUCGUAUUGCUCUUUGUUAGAAAGUCAAAAGUUGGAGUUACAACCAUGCUUGAUUAAGCAUAUUCUUCCUUGUAUGGAGAGUACUCUAAAAGCUCAUUUUGAUCAUUUCAAGAAAGUUAUCAGCAUUGUAACAUCUAGUGAUGUUUGGUUUAUGGAACGAUAUCUUGUAUCGGGAAUGUUGAUAGACGGGACCUCUUCGUCGGUUUUUGACCAACAUCCGGAAUAUUGCUUGCUCACCAAUAGUGGCAGGAAGUUUGUGUCACUGCUGCAUACAGUAAUCGAAGACGUUUCAUCUUUAGUUUCUGUUACGGGAAGCACGAUUCUUGAAGAGCUAAUGGACCUAUUUGCGGAGUACUGUUUCAUUCUCGAAAGAGCCCUCACCUAUGAAACAGAUGAUGUUGUAGAAGGUGCAUCAAGAAUUAAAAUGGCGGAAUCACUUUCACAAAAGGUUUCGAUAAUUGCGAAUUUAUCAACGCUUGAAUACUUCUUCCCCAAUGUUAUCAGAAGCCUCUUCAAGGACGUAACUCAGUUAAAGAACGUGAUUGUCCGUCACGUGACAUCAGUUUCGGGCAGUUGCAGUAGACUCAAAGCUCGCUUAUGCAAGCAAUUUAUACAUAGCAUAAUGUCUAACGAAGCGUCGUGUAUUAAAGACUAUGUCGACUUUGACUUGUUGCAGGGUCCGAUGCCUUCUGUUCCUUAUCAGAUACUGUUUCUGGAAGUAAGGAAAGUAGAAGAACUUGCUGAAGACAAUGUUGUUGAAUUUGAUUGGUUGGUGAGCUUACUUACAGAUCUUAUCGAGGCCGCAUUUGAUUGGAUUUCCGAAAACGAUGUAAAUUGGGUGACCCGACACAAGAAUGAUGCCACUGAUCAGCAUUCUGAUGGAUUGACUCAGUUUGCCCUCGACAUGCAAUUUCUGGUUGAGGUAGCAAGGCGUGGAGGAUACUUAACCACCGAUAUGAUCAACUGUUCUACAGACUUGGUAUCACGGAUGGAAUCAGCCAUGGUUUCUUCCGGGUUUGAUCUAAACAGAUAUGUUGUUGAUUAUGAGAAGGUUGCGAAGUCCGCUGUUGAAGCUAUCAAAGAGCUCGAGGCACUGGUUGAAAAGACCCAACAGUUAAGUGAAGACUUUGAUCAGCUUGAUGAUGAAGAAUACCAACCACAUUCUUCAAUAAACUCCAUUGAAGGUGAUGACUCUCGAGGCUCUUCAGAAGUUUCCUUCGAAACAACAGCAGAUCUUUUAGUUCAGGAUUUUGAAGAAGAUGGAAACGAAGACAAGGUUGAAGAUGAAAAUGAAGACGAGGUUGAAGAUGAAACCGAAACAGAUCAUGGAUCAAUGGAAAAUAAUAAGAAGAAAUUAUACCAAGUGUCGACUGAAAAUGGUGAUGAAGAAGAGGAGAGUGGUAUCAAAGAUGGGGAGACAAGAGGUUAGUUUAACAACUUCAGAUGAGCUUCUGGAGCUGAGGAAGCUUAGGGAGGUUAGCAAAUUAGAGAUCAACUCUUGUAGGGAAACUUUCGAGUUUCAAACCAUGGAACUGGAGUGGAGUUGGUUGAUCUAUCCUAAAAGAGUAUUGAUAAUUACUAA